AUGCCCAUUAAAAAGAAAACGACUGCUAAGGAUCUUACAAAACUAUUAGACGAAAAUCUGGGCGAAACAGCUGCUGGUGGCAACUUAAACUUGAAACUGUCUUUUGUAUCAAAUUUUGCCCAAGCAUUAAACGAAGAACAAGAUACUGAAAAGCAAAGUGACGAAGAUAUCGAGGCAAAUAAAGAGGUAAUUACGUUUUUGUGAUGUUCUGUUAUUACUAAUAUAUAUAUAGUAUGUUUGGUUUUUCAUAGCGUAGUAGUUUCCCACGGGUUAGUUUACAUUUUUGCACUUUAAGGUAAACCCUUCGUUUCCAGUCGGAUAUAUCCAACUAGCCAAUUUUUUAUUUCAUGGACAUUGGUUGGUAUAAUAUUAAGCUUUGCAAAACUACUGCGGGUGUUUACUAUAGGCCUUAAGUGUCUUUUGGAGAUUUGGGGAUGGAAUAAGUAUUUUAUUUUUGCCUUUUUCAGUUCGUUGACAAGCUUGUUUCUAUUGCACUUGACAAUACUGAAGUCAAAGAGGAUAUGAACUUGGCUGAUGUGACUCAACUGUCCGGGACUCUCAGCGAUGCUACUUCCGUAGCCAAACAGAAUUCUCCCAAUGUGAUCGUAAGUAAAGUCAAAAAAUAG